AAUUUUCAAGGAAAACAAAAAAAAUAUUUCGGACGUGAGUAUUAUUUCAAACAAAAAAGAAAUGAAUAAGGCAAAGAUAGUAACAUGCCAGGCACCAGUUAAUAUUGCUGUAAUCAAAUAUUGGGGUAAAAGGAAUGAUGAACUUAUACUGCCAAUAAAUGAUUCAAUAAGUGCUUCAUUAUGUUUGGAUCAUAUGUGUGCUAAAACAACAAUAAUUGCUUCACCUGAUUUUAAAGAAACUAAAUUCUGGUUGAAUGGAGAAUUGCAACCAACAGAUAAUAGGAGAUUGCAAAAUUGUUUGAAAGAAAUGAAGAAAAGAGCUAAUUCUAAUUUGGAAUGCUUGAAAUGGCAUCUAAACAUUUGCUCUGAAAACAAUUUUCCAACAGCUGCAGGUUUAGCAUCUUCUGCUGCUGGUUACGCCUGUCUAGUGUAUGCAUUAUCUCAAAUUUACGAAAUAAAAACAAAUAUUUCAUCUAUAGCCAGGAUUGGUUCUGGAAGUGCCUGUAGAAGUGUAUUUGGAGGUUGGGUUAGAUGGUACAAAGGAGAAACAUAUGAAGGGUCUGAUUCGGUGGCAGAACAGGUGGCCCCUGAAACUCAUUGGCCUGAAAUGAGAGUGUUAAUCCUUGUGGUUGAUGAUCAGAAGAAAACUUAUAGUUCCACUUCAGGGAUGAAGACAAGUGUUGAAACCUCUGAAUUUCUUCAGUACAGGGCAGCAAAAAUUGUCCCCCAGAGAAUAGAAGACAUGGUUGACGCUAUUAAAAACAAAAAUUUUCAAAAGUUUGCGCAAUUGACAAUGCAAGAUUCCAACCAAUUUCACAGUGUCUGCUUGGACACAUAUCCACCAUGUUUCUACUUGAACGAUACUUCUAGGACUAUUAUAGAGUUAGUUCAUCAUUAUAACCAAUUCAAGGGAGAAAUUAAGGUGGCUUAUACAUUUGAUGCCGGUCCGAAUGCUUGUCUGUAUUUAUUGGAGGAGAACGUUUCCGAGGUUGUAGAAAUGAUUAAUUAUGUAUUUCCUCCAAAACCCACAAUCAUGUCUAAUUAUUUCAAAGGUAUUGAUAUUUCCAUCACAACACCUGACGAAAAAUUAAUUUCAUCUGUAAGUAAUUUCCAACAAACAGAGGGAAAGCUGAAGUAUAUAAUUUAUACAAAGGUUGGUCGAGGUCCUAGAGUUCUAGAAAAAUCUGAGGAACAUCUCUUGACUGAAUCAGGAAUGCCAAAGCAUUAAAGUCAAAAGUACAACUCUUUGCACUGGUUGAGGCUUUUUCAACAUGUUGAUAUUUAUUUUUCAUCAACAAAAAUCUAUUUUUUGGUGAAGUGUAUUAUUUAUUGAACGAAAUAUUUUUAUCUUUUAUUGGUGAACUGAAAUGAUUUAUAAUAAACUUUUACUACUUAA